AUGUCGGGUGCAGUUUGGUCCUGGAGCACUGGCCAUUUCCGGCCCUACGAUGCAGAAGUGAGCCGCCUGAUUGAGGAGGGCUUUUGCAAGAACCAGCAAGAAGUCCGCAUCCGGUUGUGGACGGGCACCGGACACGAAAGCUACCGCAUCAACUUCCACAAGAUGCGCCAGGAGAGCCUCCGUGACGGUCACAAGUGGCGGCCUGUGCAGCGCACUCAGGUGCAGCCGUCCUUGGUGACCCAGGAGCCCGUCACAGCGCGAGAUGCCGGACUUGAGGUGGAGUUCAGGGGCAAGGUGCGAAGCUUCCACCUGACCUGCAGAGUGGCAGCGGAGAGCAUCAUCCGCAGCAGGACUGUCGGACUGCUGGCGGUGAGAGCAAGGCUCGGGCCCUUCAUCUACUUUGCGGGGAGUCCGGAGGACUGUGAGGGCAAGGCCAACGGCGUGAGGUCCGGGAAGGACGGCGCGGUGCUCCAGGCCACCGUGGACCUGGGCCACGCCCUGGUGGUCGGCCAGCGCCCCAGCGCCAGCGCGGCAGCCUUCCUGGGCAUCAGCGACUGGGCCGAGCUGGACAAGGUCAAGCUGAUGAAGGCUGGAUGCCAGAGUGUCUACGGCAAAGCUCCGCUUGUGACGCGGGAUGAGUGGGCUGUGCCCUCCAACUCACAGAUCACGAAUCUCACCUUGAAGGGCUACAAGCAGCAGGGCCAGCAACUGCCUUUCUGGCAAUGGCCAGAAUGGGUGCACAUGCUGGCAGACACCGUGCAGGUGGACCACCUGGCCAUUGACCGGCUGUCCGACUUGGCCCGCCAAAUUGGCGGACCCCCCUGCCCGGACUGUCCGGACUAUGGUGUGCGGGUCAAUUCAGCAGGGCGGCCGAUCCACCGGGACGGCAAGUUCAUGUCCUACGCGGAGGCGCGCAAGCGCGGCUGGGGUGGGCCGACGAACCGGUGGAGCCAGCAAGAAGAUAUGUCGUCCGACUCACGCACGAAGGAACGCAUGGAACGAACAUCAGAAGGCAAUGGGCGGGCAAGGUUACUCACAGGCACACAUCAGGGCGGCUUACCAGCCUUCGCCCAGAGCAAGCAGUUCCCACAGCAGCAGACGCAUGGAACGAACAUCAGAAGGCAAUGGGCGGGCAAGGUUACUCACAGGCACACAUCAGGGCGGCUUACCAGCCUUCGCCCAGAGCAAGCAGUUCCCACAGCAGCAGCGGUUUGCGAGCCAGGAACGCAUGGAACGAACAUCAGAAGGCAAUGGGCGGGCAAGGUUACUCACAGGCACACAUCAGGGCGGCUUACCAGCCUUCGCCCAGAGCAAGCAGUUCCCACAGCAGCAGCGGUUUGCGAGCCAGGAACGCAUGGAACGAACACCAGAAGGCAAUGGGCGGGCAAGGCUACUCACAGGCACACAUCAGGGCGGCUUACCAGCCUUUAUCGCUUCCUGGCGGGCAUGGCCUUGGCAUGUCUGCUGGAAGCAGCAGUGGUGGCUUGA